UCUCUGUUCUCUCUCUCUCAGCGUUCUAAGAUCGCGGUCUAUGAGAAGAUGUGGUCGUAUAUGAAGUCGGCCGAGCCGUCGGUGUUCGUGAAGACGACGCCGGACGGGGUGGCGCGGGUCAGGAAGUCAAAGGGGAAGUUCGCCUUCCUGCUGGAAUCCACCAUGAACGAGUACAUCGAGCAGAGGAAGCCCUGUGACACCAUGAAGGUGGGAGGGAACCUGGACUCCAAGGGAUACGGAGUGGCCACGCCCAAAGGGUCGGCAUUAAGAAGUGCUGUGAACCUGGCUGUGCUAAAGCUGAAUGAACAGGGCCUUUUGGACAAGCUGAAAAACAAAUGGUGGUACGACAAAGGAGAGUGUGGCAGCGGAGGAGGAGACUCCAAGGAUAAGACGAGUGCGCUGAGCCUCAGUAACGUGGCGGGGGUCUUCUACAUCCUGGUGGGCGGUCUGGGGCUGGCCAUGACCGUAGCGCUGGUGGAAUUCUGCUACAAAUCCCGGCAGGAGACCAAACGGCUCAAACUGGCUAAAAACGCUCAGAACUUCAAAGCUGCUCCUCCAGCAAACACACAGAGCUUCGCCACCUACAGAGAGGGUUACAACGUCUACGGAACCGAGAGCGUCAAAAUAUAACACGCGAUGGAUGCCUGUCCCCACCCUGAUGAUGCCACUGAUGCAUGGGGGAUUCUCAGAGACUUUGAAUUUAACGGGACACGCCCCCUUCAGAGACAGGCCCCUCCUACCACUCGUUUGUCCUCACCAGAUACCCCAGCUCCAGCUCCGACCCCUCCCCCUGGUUCUGUCAUAACCAUAGCGACUGCACUCUCGGACUCCGCGACCUGUCAUCUCGCAGUGCCUUACGGAACAUCACUCCAGCCGCCGGGACAUGCAAACAACAAACAAAACACAAACAACAAACAAAACGCAAACAACAAACAAAACACAAACAACAAACAAAACGCAAACAACAAACAAAACACAAACAAAUGAUGCCGCUGCUGUCGGAGCCUCAGUGCUUAAGCUCCACCACU